AUGCUGUACCUCGUUGGCCUCGGUCUCUCAGACGAGACCGACAUCACUGUUAAGGGUCUCGAGAUCGUCAAAAAGGCAUCGCGAGUUUACCUCGAAGCCUACACGAGCAUCCUCCUCGUUGACCAAUCCGUCCUGGAGAGCUACUAUGGCCGCUCAAUAGUCGUCGCGGACCGCCAGAUGGUCGAGUCCAACAGUGAAGAGAUCCUGCGAGAUGCGCAGACCGAGGAUGUUGCGUUCCUCGUGGUGGGUGAUCCGUUCGGAGCGACCACACACACCGACCUCGUCCUGCGCGCCCGCGAGCUGCAGAUCCCCGUCCAGACCGUCCCCAACGCGAGCAUCAUGUCCGGCAUCGGCGCGACGGGCCUGCAGCUGUACAACUUUGGGCAGACCGUGUCGAUGGUCUUCUUCACUGACAGCUGGCGGCCCGCGUCGUUCUACGACCGGAUCAAGGAGAACCGCGCCAUCGGCCUGCACACGCUCGUGCUCCUGGACAUUAAGGUCAAGGAGCAGAGCCUCGAGAACAUGGCGAGGGGCCGCAUGAUCUUCGAGCCGCCCCGGUACAUGACCGUCUCGCAGUGCGCGCAGCAGAUGCUCGAGAUAGAGGAGGAGAAGAAGGAGGGCGUGUACGGCCCGGACAGCCUGGCCAUCGGCGCCGCGCGGGUGGGCGGCAAGGACGAGAAGUUUGUCGCGGGCACGCUCGCGCAGCUGUGCGACUCGGAUGAGCUGCUCGGCGCGCCGCUGCACAGCAUGGUCCUGCUCGGCAGGAGGGCGCAUGAGUUGGAGAGGGACUAUGCGCGUGAGUUUGCCGUCGACAAGGAGCUAUGGGACAAGCUGUGGGCGGAGGAGUAUGGCAAGCAGCUUUGA